CUAUUUGUUGAGCUGGGCUUCUGGACGCCCGACUCGGCCUCCCCCAGCCUCCCCCGGCCGCCCCGGACCAUUGUCUCGGCUUUGCCGCCCCCUGACCAGUCGUUGCUGACCAAUUCUACUUCAGCGCCCGCAGCCCCCGGUAGAACACCUCGGACCGUCAGCAUUUCUGGGGGCGUCUGGCAACUUAAGUACACACAAGGCAACCUCCUGAAAUGUCCCUGAAAUCAGAUCCCACUUGACCAAAGUUGGGGAGGGAUAGAGAAAAACCCAUUCUAUGUCACCUCCCCUUCGCUGCCAUACUUUCAGAAUGUGGUUCUUGACUUUAUUUCCCCUCUCUCUUUUCCACCCAUUAUGACUUUUUUUAUUUUUUUAUUUUUUUUUAGGCAAUUGGGGUUAAGUGACUUGCCCGGGGUCACAGAUCUACAUCGUGUUAAGUGUUUGAUUACGGAUUUGAACUCGGGUCCUCCUGACUUCAGGGCUGGUGCUCUAUCCACUGCGCCCCCUAGCUGUCCCUAUUUUUAUUUUUUUUAAGUUUUAAUAGUAUUUUAUUUUUCCCAAUAUAUGCAAAAAUAAUUUUCAACAUUCACCUUUGCAAAACCUUGUAUUCCAAAUUUUUUCCCUCCCCCCUCCCUUAGAUAGUAAACGAUCCACUAUAGAUCAAAUCAGUGUAUUUCUUCUAAACCUAUUUUUGUAUUCAUCAUGAUAGCAGUAUAUUUCAAAAUCUAGCCCCCAACCCAGAAUUGUGCUUUUUGAAUUGAAUUUCAUGCCACUUUUCCUAUUCUACUUAUCUGAACCUCUUUGCCGGUUCAUCUUUUUUUUCUCCUUAAGUAUGUGUCCCUGAGGCUAUUAUAUCCUUAGCUCUUUUUUCUUCUAAUUCUACACUGUCCUUGAUCAUUUUAUCCUUUUAUUGCUUAAAACUUUUUCUCUAUGCACAUGUUUGUUUAUUCUAUAGAUUCAGCGCCUGAAUUCUCCCCUGAGCUAAUCACACAUUUCCUCAAGCCUGCAAGGCUCAGUUAAAGAUAAUUGAGGUCAACCUCAUCAUUGGACAUAGGAGACAGAUGCCUGAUAUCACAGAGUGCCAAAGCAAGGGUUGAACCCAAGUCUUGACUCCUGUUUUCUCCAAGUCAUGCUGCCCAAAAAAUGCUUAUGUAGGAAGAAGACAGGAGAGAAGUGAAUAGGUUUCCCAGAAGUAAUGGCUUCAGGAGCACCAUAAGAGUCUACUUCCUUCUUUGACUGACUGUUCAUCACCUGGGAACCCAGCCUCCUUCUAGUCUUCUUUUCUUUGGCAUCUCUUCUUUUAUUGGAUCCUGGCCAAAAGGUUCGGGGCGUCUGGUCCCAGCUGUCCGCCUCUCCCUCCUCCCUUCUCUUUUUCCCUCCCACCUUUCCUCCCCCUCCCCUUGGGCUUUCCCCUGAGCUGUGCUCACAGCCCCGGGCCCCGCCCCGCCCCCCACAACCGGAUACCGACGUGCUCUGGAGAGCAGCAGUUCCCCAGCGGGAGCCGCGGAAGAGCUGAGGGCGCUGUCGCCACCCUCCUGCUCGCUCUCGGCUGGAGGCGCGUGCUUCCAGCCGCGCUGGCAGCUGCUUCCCCAGCGUCUGGUUUCACCACAGGACCCAGAAGAUCCAUGACACAGAAAAGAGCAACAAGGAAGACCUUCCACACUUAGGACACAGUGAGUGUUGUCUAAACGUCCUCGAACCUGCACGACUAGAGAAUUUAUCCUCCUCUUGCUUGGCUACCACUACUCUCUCCUCUGGUAUCCCAUCUUCUCUUGGGCUGCUGUUCUGCAUCCUCGGAGUGUCUGAGAAGUGUUGACUGCCAACUACUCAGUAGGUUCUUGCCCUUCCCCACAAGGUGAUGGUAGCUGUCCUGAUAGCUGGGCCUCAGGAGUUGGUGACAUUUGAGGAUCUGGCUGUGUAUCUCUCAAAGGAGGAAUGGGGGCUACCGGACCCUGCUCAGAGGAGGCUCUACAGGGACGUGAUGCUGGAGAAUUAUGGGAAUGUGGCCUCCUUGGGAGUUCCAGUUUCCAAACCUGUCUUGAUAACCCAGCUGGAUCGAGCAGAUCUGCCCUUGGUCCUACAUCUGUCCCACACUGAGAUUGAAAACCUUCUUGAUGAGAAAUUAGACACAUUCAUUAUGUCUUCCAAACGCCCAUCUGACGGUAGUGGCGCUUCAGAGAAGAAAAUCCAGCGCAAAUCUAUCUCUUUGGAAAGGAAAAUCGAGAUAAUCAAGAGAGUAGAAGCCGGAGAGACGAAGAGUGAGGUGGCCCGUUCAUUUGGCCUGGCACAGUCAACCUUAAAAUCCAUUUUAAACCAAGCCGACAGAGUGAAGGCCUCCGUGCACAAUUCUAGUAACCUCACUGCUGCCAAGGUGACCCGAAUCCGAAGUAGUGUCAUGGAGAAAAUGGAGAAUAUGUUAAGUGUUUGGGUGGAUAACAUGGUACAGCAUAACAUGCCGCUAAGCCAGGCAUUGAUAAUGCAGAAGGCUCUGAGUUUAUUUGAUCAUUUGAAAGCACAGGCAGGUGAAGAAUCCAGUAAAACAUUUGUGGCUUCCCGUGGAUGGUUUGAGAAGUUCAAAAAACGAAAUAAGAUUAAUAAUAUUCGCAUCAUGGGGGAAAGUGCCAGUGCUGACAUUAAGGCAGCAGCAGAAUUUCCCACAGCACUCAAGGCUGUGAUCGAGAGAGGAAAGUAUUCUCCAAAUUUGGUUUUUAAUGUGAGUGAAACAGCACUGUUCUGGAAACGCUUGCCUUCCAGAGCUCUCUCUGAAGAAGAGAAGGAUGCUGCUGACUUGAAAGCUGCUAAAGAUCGUUUGACCGUCGUGCUAGGUAGUAAUGCCUCAGGAAACAUUAAGCUGAAGCCUCUCGUUGUCUACCAUUCUGAGACUCCUAAACAUAUGAGAGGUUUUUCUAAACUUACUCUGCCUGUUAUCUGGAAGUCCAACAAAAAGGCCUGGGUGACAACAGACAUGGUUAAUGAUUGGAUCGUUAAUCAUUUUUGUCCUGUAGUUCAGUGUUAUUGCACAGAAUAUGGUUUUAAACCCAAAGCACUGUUGAUCUUAGAUAGUUCUAUGGGCAACCUGUCAAAUUUUGACUCGCUUCAGACAUGUAUUCCCCUUGAGGUCUUAUUUUUUCCCCCAAACACAGCCUCACUUCUGCAGCCCAUGGACCAGGGUGUUUUUGCAGUGUUUAAAGCUUAUUAUCUGAGGUGCAUGUUUAGUCAGGUACUUGAGGUUAACAGAAAUAAUAAGCAGUUUUCAGUCAGGGAAAUUUGGAAGGAUUAUAACAUCAUGAAGGCAAUCGACAAUAUCAAAAUAUCCUGGGCAGAGGUGAAUAGCCAUUACUUGAGUAGUGUUUGGCGUAAAGUGUGGCCUGAUUUAGAGAAUGAUUUCUUUGAGGUAGAGUCUGAGAUUUUGGCCAUUGCUACAGAAGUCGAGCACUUGGCAAAGCUACUAGGCUUUGAGGAGGUCACCCUCGAUGAUGUACAAGAGCUGUUGGAUAACUCAGGAGACACAUCCAAUGAAGAUCCCCAGUGCUUCCCAGAGGAAAAAGUCGAGAGCAAGGAGAAUGAGAAGGAGCCUGCCCCAGAGCGAAUAUUAACAACGAAGGUUCUGUCUGAUUGUUUGGCUGAAAUUUCACAUGCAUUAGAGGUUUUGUCAGAAAACGAUCCUGACUGUGAACGAAGCUGUUCAGUGAAGCGGACAGUUUUACAGGCCAUGGACUGCUACUCAGAAAUGCUCCAGGACAGAAAGAAGGCAUGUCCAGCUAAUUUGGAAGUUUUCCUAGAGAAACCUAACCCUCAACCACAAGAAUCACAGCCAGGUUCAUCUGCCAGCUUGUGCAACUCAUGAGCCCUCAGCUCAUUCUCCUGACAGUGCAGGGAAACAAGGCCAGAGUAAAAGCUGCUCUUUUGAGUGUGUGUGUGUCUGUGUGUGUGUG